AUGAUUUUCAGAAUGACGCCGACAAUACAAUGCGGCUCGGACGAUCAAUCCAUGCAAAUUUCGCCACCGCCCUCGGUCUUUCGUAACAAUUUUUUCGCGCAACAAAAUUUGCGCGAAACGCCCGCGUCCGACAGAACUGCGUUUACAAGACCCGGUGAGUUUUCAUAUUUUUACCGCGCGGCAAUUCGACAAGAAUUGAUUUCUGUUUUCCGUUUGGUUAAAGAGCUUCUAUUCGUUAUACUACUGCUGUAGCACGUGCCAUUCAUACCCGUGUACACACAUAUAUAUAUAUAUAUAUUUAGCAGAUUGUAUUUUCGUACAAAUAACAUUUAUGGCCAUGUUCGCGUAUGCCUAAAUAUAAUAAAAUCGAUCGCAGGCAGGUUUUGUGUUUUCACGGGGGAAAUAUAGUAAUUUUUCAUGGGGGUUUUCUCUGUCCAAAUGCAAUCCCGGGUUACGAGGCACAGAGGCGUAUACAUUUUUCAUUGCGACUAUCGUAAAAAAAAAAAAAAUUUUUUAAAUAGUAUCACCCCGUACGACAAUAUGUUUUAACGAAAGAAAAUGGAAUGGACGCUUACAGCGGGUAUUCGUCAAACGAUACUUCACAUGUAUUUACGCGUAUACCAAACUUUUGCCGGCUUUUUCAAAACGUGCUUCAUACCGUUUCCAGCCUAUUUAGUUGUUAUUGCACAUCUAGGCGAUUAUCAAUCUGUGUACAAAAUAACACCUAUGCAAAUACGAAUGUGCCGUCGUUAUCAUAACAAUAAUUAUUGUAGGUCCAUUGUACCACCUCGAUUCCGAUGUAUUGUAAUACAGCCGGUAAAUAAUACGAUAGCGAGUGUUUUUAAUCGAGCACCGGUACAACGAACCGUAAGAAAAACAUAUCGGUCGGUAAUAAAUUAAACGUCCGCACAGUGGCGCCCGCCAAAUGCUCGUUGCGGCCGAGGAUAAGCCAGUCUUCGGAAAUUCGACUGCUCUACGGGCGGCCGGCUUUCUCGUGUACGGUCGCCAUUAAUUUUGCACGGUGUUUCCGAAAAUCCACCGGCGACGAAUUCCCACUCUUGCCCCGUGAACGUUUUGUUCUUGUAAAACACGACCGCGCCGAAAACGAUUCGCCAACGUGGCUUCGGUUUUUAGAACUAUAUUUUCGGUUGCCGGUGUUGUUCCGACCGUUCCCGUUUCCCGGGAGCGACAAGCGCACCGGGAAUGUACUGGGAAAAAAAAAAAAAAAUAAAUAAAAAUCAUAACAUUGUCGAUGUGGAUGUACAGAUCGGUGGUCGCUGAACAAGUUCUGCGCCAUUCAAUUUUCCGAAAAGAAAGCAACAUUAUUAUUUAUUUUUUUUUUUUUCCCCAGUAAAAUUAAUAUUUGUCAAACUUAAAAUGCUACAAAAGCAACGUGAACGGUCGAAGCAUCGAAUGACGCGGAGGUGUCGGUGCUGCUUUACUGCCGUUUCGUAUGAAAUAUUUUAAAUUAUUUAAAUACGUUCGGUAACGGUACAUUAUAAAUUAUUAUAGCGUUUCUCGACAUUUUCUUUCCCCUGAAAAGAACAAUACUGUCGGUUGUGUGUACCCGAUCAAAUGUAUCGAAAAUAUUUCGGUCCUACGACUUUGUGGGGCACGUCACGUAGGCUUUUACUGUUCCGGUCUUUAUUGCACAAAUACUCGAGCUGGUUCUAGGAAAGACUUGGAAACAUAUUCGCAGAUUGUUCGGGAAUGAGAUUUGUCAUCGAAAAUUCCCUCCGUAAAAAAACUGGCGACGUUUAAAUUAUUUUUUCAAUUCGGCGAAAUAAUUAUUGAUUUUAGGAUUUUUGUGUUAAUAACAUCAAUUAUUGGACCCGAAAAAAACAGCAAAUCCUCCUGAUUGUCCACAUUUGCUUUUAGUUUAUAAUAUUGGCAUACAUUUUGAUAAUAUUUCGGAUUUAUAAGUAUACGUUUUUUUUUAACCGAUAAAAUCGGCAUUUGAUUAUUACUAUAUAAAUGUAAGUUCUAAAACAGAUAAAUUACCUACUUGUUAUAAAACAAAUAAGUAAUAAAAAUAACAGCCGAACAGAUUGUUAGGUACACAUUUUUUCGUUCAUAAAGACAAAUAUUAAUAUUACUAUUCGUACCAAGUGUUAAAUUAGAAGUAACUAAAUGUAUAACACAUUAUUCAUCUAAAAUAUUGGAUACUUAAACUUUACUCUUAUUAUCAGGUAAUUAUCAUAUUAUCUUAUGAUUAAAGAUCCGGACUUAUAGCAAUUAAAAUCUACAAAAAACGUAAAAAAAAAAAAACUUACAAAUAUUUUAUAAAAAGUAAAAAUGUUAGGGAGUUAUGAAAAAUCCUCUUUCCAACUGCUCUAACUUAUGAUGUACAAUUGUCUAAUACACAAAUUAAUCAUUUUAUAAUUUUUUUAAAAAAAAUAGUGUUUUAUAAAUUAAAGCGUUAUAGGGGGGGAUUUAAUGAUCUACAAUUUUUUACUUUUUUAAGUGCUAUUUACGACGUUUUUGUAAAUUUUAAGUGCUAUAAAUUCCGAGCCCUGCUUAUUGUAAUAUCCAGCUCGUAAUUAUUGUUAUGUAUUAUAAUAUAUAUAUAUGUAUAAAUACAUAAAUUCAUCAACUUAGAUUUUGAAUAGGACUAUAAUACCGUUAAAUAUAUCGUGUGUAUAUUAUAGUGUAUACAGCCGUUGCAUAAAAUAUAUAAAUGUAUCAAAACCGCGUAUACAAAAACGAAUUGAAUUAAUCGGAAAAUCGAUCAUUUAUAUUUUUUUUAUAAAUUGUUUUGUUUAAUUUACGCGUAUUUAACUACGUACCAAUAAAAUAUUGAAAUCCUUUAAAUCUAUAUUUUUUAAUAAUUUUGGUUAUCAAUGUAGACCAUAAAAAAACUACCUUAAUCGCCGUUUGUCACAAUUAUCAUAAUUUGCAUUUUCAGUAUAUAAUUUUUUAUAAUCAUAAUAUUUAAUUAUGUAACAAUAAUUAAUUGGAGUAUCACGUCGAUUUUAUUGGUCACUGUAAUAACUUAUAAUUCAACGCUCGGAUCGUAGGUGUUUGGAAUGGACGGGGGAAGUGAAUCUGAUAUUUUUUUUGUAGGCUUCGUAUUUUUAAAAAAUGCUAUUUUAUCAUGAUUAUGCACUUAAUUAAAUCGGAAUACUAUUAGAUUGAAUACAACCCAUACUCAUUGAUAUUUAAAUAGAUACGCAAACCUAUAUAUGUAUGUGUAAUGUUAAAUGUAGUAUAGGCAGUGUGAGUAAUACAUUUUAACAAACAGAGUAAAAAAAUUAUUUACUAUUUAGUAUUUUGUUUUUAAAUUGUUUACUGAUUAUGGUUACCAAAUGAAAUACUGUUUGAGAGUUGUAGGAAUCACAUUUGACGGAUUUCAAUUUUGAAAAUGUAUUAUUAUUUGUUAGGUUUUUUUAUUAGGAUUAUAGGAUACAAUGGAUUUUUUUUUAACUGUCAUUAUCUUUAUCACAAGUAAAAUAAAAUCUACAUUGAUUAUAUUUUUCAAAAAUACAACUAAUUAUUUUUACGAUUUCCAUUAAUCCAACAUAUCCUAAUAAAGAAUCUGAAGAAUUAUAAUCCUUUUUUUAAAUUUAAAUCCACCGAACACAAUACCCACAGUUUCGUCUGGGUUUUAGGUAUCAAACGACUGAAAUACAACUCACCGUCACUCAAUGGGGGCCAUACCUCCUUCCCCCAAGUGACCGUAAAAAGGUACAGAUUUAAAUAUUGAUUUUAAAGCACUUUAUAAACAAUAUAGCUAAAAAGACUUCUUAAGAUAAUGGGCACGGAUACAGUCACUGUUACUUAUGUAUACCUAUAAGUAACUAUUGCUUAACAAAAAACGAUUCUGAGCGGAGUUCAGUUAAUAGUAAUGCUUUGUCAACAAUAUAUACAUGUUAUUUUAUAGUAAAUAAUUAAAUAGGCUUUAUAUAUUUUCUUUAAUAAUAUUUGUUUAAUGUUUUACCGAUUUCCCCGGUUUUCCCAUGUUUUAUUUCGGUUUUUCAAAUUUGAUGAGAAAACUCCCUAGAAAAUCGAAAAAUGACCUCAUGGAAGGUUCCUUCCCACGUCAAUUUCCUUUCAGAAAUAGCGCUACACGUAGAAAUCCGAGCAAGUCUUCUGGUGGAAAAGUCGCGCGCAGAUAAUAAAAAAAAAAAAGUUUUGUUAAACUAUAAGCUUCUCUGCUCCUCUCGGAGUUUUAAAUCCUAAAACCGAGUAAUAUCAUUCGUAAUUUCUAAUUCGAAUUACACAAUGUCGAUUUAAUAUCGUAUCAUAGAGUUUGGUGAAAAUUACAAUACGCCUAUUCAUUUGGUUAUUAGCCGUAUAUGAAUUUUCGUAUCGUUAUGCCGUUGAAAUUGUAUAUUAUAUUAUUUGUGCUGGACAAUUUUGUUUUCUUUUUUUUGUUUUUUUGUUUUUUUUUUUUUUUUUUUUUUUUGCGGGGGAGUGGGAUUGAGAUUGUUUUCCGGGAUUCGUAUUAUCCGUAUCUGGGAUUAUAAGAACAAUGUUCCGUUCGGUAAACGUCGCGUUAUUAUGUAACAUAUCCGCGGUUAUCUGCGGCGAUACUGCCCGUGUACGUAGGUACUAAUACCCGUGUAAACAAAACGCAAUAUCUACACACGAGGCGUACAAGUAUAGUUUAUCCGCGUGAAAAAUUUCGAAAAUACGCACGCACGUGUAUAAACUGUGCGUGUAUAAAUAAUAUUCCGUAUGUAUAUAUUGUGUAUGCGCUAUUAUUAAUAAACAAAACCAGCGAGUUCACUGGCACGAGGCACGCACGAAAUUUAGUAAUAUUUUUUUUUUUAUUUUUUUUUUUUUUUAUACAUAUUUUUUUUCCUCUCCGCCGUAAGGAGGUCACCGCCUCCUUUUACUCGUCACGGUUUCGCGAAAAACCGGCUAUCGCGCCCAUCAGUCAUUCCCCUCCGGCCUUCCACCGCCGUCGCCGCCGCCGAGGAUGCGUUUCGCUACACGUGGCCCCACGUGCAACACAAAGCCGUGACGUCACUGAAUUUCGGCAAUACGAUCCCCUCCCCCCACCACGCGCUCGGUUCGGUCGCGCGUGUACUUGUGCGUGUGCGUGUAAGCAUCCGGGUCGUUGCGUGUUUUAUACACUAUAGAGGAACAUAAAAAAAAAAAUAAAACCACGAAGAAGGAAAAAAGAAAACAAAAAAUACGACUGCCACCGUUAUAUUCUCUCGCGAAGGUUACAAUAUUAUUAUUAUUAUAUAACAAUAUAAUGUAUUAUAAUACAUAAAUUAUUUACCAAUUCUAUCUCAUGUAUUCGUAUGUUUCACAUUGCUAUUGAAUUCCUGUAAUGCAUUUUCAUUAUUAAACGGACACCGUCGGUUUCAACGUUGUCGAUAACAUUUUGUUUGAAAAACACUCGCCUCACGUUUUCGAAACGGACUCCUAGUGGCCGACAACCGGUAUUUUGAAAAUUCGUAGAUACGCUAAAACGUAAUAAAAAAUUCGUGGAUUCCGGAAAAAAAAAACCACGAAAACAAAAACCAAAUUUUCGUUGUUUUUACGGAUUUUUUUUAAAAUUAUUACCAUAUUUUUCGUACGGAGAAUCGUAAAUUUUUGUCAGGUAGGAUACAUGUAGGUGUUUAAUUUAUAUCUGCAAGCAACGACAAACCAUUGCUAACGAAAAACGAUUCGGAACGAAGUUCGGUGAUACGUAUUUUGAAAGACCGUAAUAUUUACGAGUUUCGUCAAAAUAUAAUUUUAAAACUCGUAAAAAAAAAAAAUUACCAUAUAUUUAACAAUCAAUUUUAUUCUUUUUUUACCGACAAGUUCAAUCUAUAUUGAACCUCGUGUCAAAUUUUCAAACAUUUCUGUUAAGUCUAAUUAUUUUUUCCACGGAGUAUCUACCAAAUAAAAAUUACAUAAAUACUCGGAAAAUUAAAACUAUCCAUAAAUAGCUUAAAAAUGGCUCCAAUAUUUUCAAAAUAUUAACACGUUUAUGUAAGGCAAAUUUAAGUUUCUCAUCAAAAUUUCAAGUCUCUAGGUAUAGUUAUUAACUUUAUUACAACAAAAGACCCAAAUUGAAUACAAUAAAUUAAUUAAUUACAUUCAAUUUGUCCGUUAUUUCUACGUUUUAUUUCGAUAUUGUGCAACGAUUACAAAAAUUACUUGAAAAAUCAAUCUAAAAAAUAACACAACAUAAUAACAAAAUUCAAAGAUAUGAUGUAAAGAACGACAACUGCAAUUUGAUGUCAAACUCGUGGCUCAAAUUCGGAAAGAAAAAAAAUUAGAUUUUUAUUUUCGGGGUUGUUUUUUCUUGCUACGAAAAUUAUUCUUUCAAAUAAAAGUUAAUUAAUUAAAGUUUCAAAAUUGAAAAUGAAAUUAAAGUUUAAAAUUUCUGACAAUUGUUACAAAAAUCAAACGUACUGUGAAUGUAAGCAUAAAAAAAAAAAACGUAUUUGACUACAGAUUUAUUUUUUAUUUUCGUUAUUUCAAAUACUAAAAUAAAAAAUAAAAUAAUUACAUUAUUAUAUUUAAAAAAAAAACGGAAGAUCAUUUGUAUUUGAUUUUAAUCGAGUUUACAAAAAUAAAAAUGUUCGAAUAAUUAUUUACGAAAAUAUACAUUACAAUAUUCUGGCUGGAAUUCAAAAUUAAAAUUCCUAAAUUUUAUGCUAAUUUCCCGACUUUUCCGGAUUUUCGAAAAGCGUCGUGACGACUAUGUCCGUACUAUAACACAUGUGUUAUUAUAAAAUCCUCGAGCGAAGUGUGUUCUCACUAUUAUAAUAUUAUUAUACUCUGUUAUUUAAGUAGUUUACAGUUGAAAACGAAAAUAAAUAAUAAAAUAUUAGAUUUUCUUGAAGGGUGUUACGGAAUAUAAAUCGAUUGUUAUUGAUACCCAAGUCAUUUUAUAAUAUUGAACAUAACCGUAUUAAUAUUCUAUUUCAUGCUGCGUUCGCGUAAUAUAAAUUCGAUUUUUAUUUUAUUUUUAAACGCGAAUCAUUCGCCGUUUUGUUAUAUCAACGACUUUUACGCGACGGAUUUAAUCCACUUGAAUAAAUCCACGUUGGCCGACGCCUGUUUAGCCCGGCCCGAAAAUAUAAUCGCAAAAAGAGCGAUUGAACAUUCAGACUGUAUAGUGCAGUUUGCUGGUGCAUAGGAAUAAAGUCUAUCGUGUAUCGCAUUGAAUUCUUUCGUCAUAUUUUUAUCCCGCGGUUGGAGGUGCGAAUCUAUGACAGCCACGACUGACCGAGUACGCGUGUCCAUAACAGUGGUAACACGAGCCAUUUGGCGCAGCCUUAGUAUUUUCGGGAAAAAAAAUACGCUCGGCUUAUAUUAAACACCGUCGUUCGGCAAAACGGAUUUUCUUCGGAUUUAUUUUGAUCUCUCGGGGGUUUUUUUUUUCUCUCCCUACGAUUCGACCGAUUUAUUUUCGACGGCGAUUCAUCGCGUGAUGCACACAAUAUUAUUUUAAUACACACGCUCGCGUGUACACUGGCAAUGAAAAAAAAAAAAAAAACCGACGUAAAUACGUACGUACGCGCGCACGUACGCGAAACUGCAUGCACGGAAUAUAAAAGUAGGUGCACCGUUGCAGUCGGGCACGCGGCAAAGAACAAUAAUUAUUAUUGACACGUGUGAGAGCGCACGGCCGCCGUAGUGACGUCGUCGUCGGUUGCCGAUGCCUCGCGGCGCGCGUCCGUGUGCCCGCACGUGGACUUCGGGAACCCUUUCGCGUGUCGUACGCACGACGCGUCCUCCGUUUCGCCGCGCCGUCGUCGGCCACCACUCGGUAGGCGCGACCCCUGUACGUAUCGCACGCGCGUCCGUGGGGGGCCCGGCGUCGUCGCGGGGACGUUACAAAGCCCGCGGCGGCACGCGCGGCGCGACGACGGCCUGUGUUCCCCUACCCUUUUUUUUUUUUAUAUUUUCCAUAUAUUCUUUUCCGUCUACCGUUUUCGCGUCUACGAAGAGGAAAAAAAAAACCAUUAGUAAAUUACGUAAAUCGGCCGAAAACCAUUCGCCAACAUAACGACGGACCGUUGAUUUCGGCGUUUUCCCCGCCCGUCACUACACGGCGACGUUUUUACGCCGACCCAGCGGAGGCUAUCGGCUGUCGCGGCCCCGGUACCACAAUAACAUUAUAAUAAUAUACUAUAAUAGUACUCAUUUUUACGUUCGCGUUCUGUGGAAACGCACGUACACACACACACGUUUCGAUAAUGUAUGAUACGGCGGCGGCGGGUACACACACGCGCCGGCCGUCGCGCGCACGCGCACCGACGUUCUUUUUUUAACGACAAUUCUCGCCAGGGACACGCCUUUCUUUGCCGGGGGAAUCCGCGCGGCGGCAGCGACGGUGCGAAGGUCGCACGUGGCGAACGCGCCGCCGCCGCGGUCACCAACCCACCGCCGCCGCACCAACGCCACUUGCGAAAUCCGCGCGCGAUUAUUACUCGUUCGGCGUCGUCGGUGGCGAGGGGGGGGGGAGGCGGCCAGUCGUUCACGGUUAUGUUGUAGGUUUAUAUUUUGACAGCGGCCGCUGACACCGCGAAAAGCGCGGGCUAUAUUCGUGUAAUAUCCGAACAUAUACAGGGUGAUCGACGCGGCCCGCGGAUAAAAUGCUUUCGUCGUACUAAAUUAUAAUAUCAAUAUUGUAACAAUCCAGAGAGUAUUUUAACAAUUUUUUUCCCAUAUUUUCUCUUUAAAAAAAAAAAUACUUGUGUGUAUAUAUAUACGUAUUAAGUAUGUACAGGCCAAAAUCUUGAAUUUCACCCUCCCCCCCGCGCCCACCCGUCAUGUUUCGUCGAACGGGACGACACUCGUCCUCUAUUAUUUGUUGUAUUUCUUUACGUUCAGAGCGCAUCGAGGAAUUUGUUGGUUUUACAUCAGAUGUGCGAUUUUUAAAAUGAUGAUUUUUUUUUCCUAUCAGAAAACCUACUUCAAUUGAUUAGCAAGCUUUUUUCGGAACAUUUUAGGUUUUAGUUGGUGCAUUGGGAAGACUAUUAUUUUUUCUGAUAUGUCAAGUUUUUUUUUAUUAUAAUUGGAAAAACGGGAAAGUUAACAGCAAUUAACAGUUUCAUUAUUUUCGAAUUUGUUUUUUUGUUGUUAUUCAAUUUAAAAUUAUCUUAUGGAUGUGAAAUUUUUUGAAAAUAUUUAUGUCUUAUAGACGUGUCACGUGUAAACCAUUUUUAUACGCAUACCAUUUUCGAGUUGGUUGGUAUUUAUUUAGAUUUAUAACAAUAACAUUAUUUGGUCAAACAAAAUUACUUUAAAAUGUGUCAUUCGAUAAUAAAUUAUUAUUACCUUUAAUAGUUAAAGUAAUAAAAUAAAUACGUAAGCCGAAAACUUAACCGGGUGUAUUGUUGGUUGGUUUUUGUAAAUUAAUUUGCGCGUUUUAUUCGAAAUGUGGUUUUCAGGGUGAAGGUUGUUAAAGCCAGGCUUCCCGUGUGUUACGUUGAGCUUGAAUAUUGCUAGGGAUAAUUAUUUUUUCUUGAAGUUCCGUAGCCCUCAUUUUCAUUUAUUUUCCCAAUUAUUCGAGCUCGCCGAUGUACUUGCGUUAAAAAUUACAAUAAAUAUCGACACUAAAAUAUAUUGAGCGCAUUGAGAACGCAGUAUAUUUACUGAGUUCAAAAGCGGUUUCGCUGUAUAUGAGGACGAAAAAAAAAUAACAAGAUGUAUUCUAAAUGAACGUCGUAAACCGCGCAGUAUGUUUAAUAAGAAAAUUCUGUAAAACUCAAUAAUACAAAAUGACGAGCGCUGUAUUACGGUAGAUCAUCCUGUAUACGAGUAACAUCUGCGACAGGUUUCGGACGGAACCGUCGAAUACGGCAUACGUGUUAACAUAUUGUACAAUAUUAUUAUGUCUUAAUCCGUUUAAAAAAAAAAAUUGUUCCUGUAUGCAAAAAUUAUAUUCGUUUGACCUGUCAAUUUAUUUUUAUUGCUGCAGGAUUUCUAGAGGCCGCUAAAUAUUUUGAAAUAAAACGUGUAUUGCGUAUAUUUGCAUUACUUUAACCAAUUAAACGUAUUUACGUACUUAAUCCUUACCUCUUAUCACAGCAAACACGUCUUCAACUAUAUUGUUAUCUUUAAGGUAUAAAAUAUAAACGAUAUUAAAUCGGGUUGUAUAAUAGUUUUAGUGAUAACAGUUUUGUAUUAUGAACGGAACGAAGAAUGUAGAUAUUAGUUUUACUAUGUGUGCUUCUUUUUUUUUCAUCAUUUUUUAUGUUUGUGAACAACUUUCUUAUCUAGGGAAGGGUGGUUCUUAAUAAUUGAAAAUAGCGUAGGAAAAACAGAACAGUUUACAGCAAAUAAAGGUUUCAUUAUUUUCGAUUUGGUUUUUUUGUUGCAAUUCAAUAAUCGCAAACCUGAAAUGUUCACCAGAAUACUCAUAUAAGCUAUUUUUAAACAUAAUUUUCAACAUAUUCUGGUAACUUCUGAGAUAUUUAUAAGUACUUGACGUCUUCGAGUUUUUAAUUUUUAUUUGAUUUUAUGUAGAUAAAAUAAUUUUAGUCGAUAAGAAAUUCUUAAACGUUUUUUAUUAGAUGUAUUUCGUAAUAAAAAACAAAAAUCGAGCGUAAGUAGUAGUUUUUUAAUACAAGUUUAGAGUUCAAAUUUUAACGAAGAUCGUAAAUCGUGUUUCGUUAAUAAUAAUUUAUCGUUGCCUACAGAUAUAAAUUAAAUAAUUCUAUACAUAUAUCCUACAUUCCCAACUACCCAUCAAUAUAGUGGCACACUACCAGCUCUUUUUUUCCAUAUUUUGGAUUAUGCAAUUUUCUUUUUCAGCAUAAUUUUCAAUAAUAUUUAUUAACAAUAAUAAUAAAAAAAAAGUGUUCAUCGAAGAGAAAUCUGAAUGUAGAUGCAAAUUAGAAAGUAAAAUAAUUGAGAAGUGUGAUGUGCUUAGAAGUCUUUAAGUUUUUUUUACCAAUAUAUCUAAUAAUAAUCUCUAAAAUAUAAAAUGUACACUUAUCUAAUAUUGUUUAUAAUUUUAAUUUCAAAGGGAUGUCAUAUACCUAAAUAGAAGUCCAUUUGGCCAUUUAUAAUUUCUCCCUCCUCUUAAUAGAAAAACAGUGUAAUAACAAUAAUAAUAGUGGCUAUUGUUGUUAGUUAUUACUAUAAUAAUAUGUUAAUCCUUAGGUUAUCGUAUGUUUAGUUUUUUUACUUACGGUGUUUCUUUGUAUUAGGCUAUUAACUGUUAGAGAGCUAUAAAAAUCCGGUACGGAAUAUUGCGGAAGAUAUCAAUGGUUUCUAAAAUGUUUUCAUAAGUAUGAAGGGUAUCUAUGCUAUCACUUAUUCUUGGGUUCCUAGGUUCUCGAUUUGAAAGAUUUAGGAACCAUUGGUUUUCAAUUUAGUUCCGGAAUAUUACGUUCUAUGUUUUUUUUUUUUUUUUUUGUUAGCAUUCCGGAUUAUUGCAAUCCUGAGUUUUACGUUUCGGCCUACAGUCCGUUAUGUUAAAUAAAUAAAUGCUAGGCCAAAACUUGAUUUACCAUGUUCUCUAGUUAAAUUUCUUAGAAUAUAUUUUUAAGAGUCUCACGUAGAUUUUAAUGUAAAAUAUAUCUACUUUUAUUGAAUUCUUGAGUUUUAAGCUGUUUCGUGUUAUUUAAUACAUCUGAAACUAUUUUCUACAUAAGUAUUUAAACAAAUAAUAAAAUCACCAAUUAUUUCAGUUUUAAUCAUUCAAGUAUAAAUAUUAUUCAAUAUAAUAUAUAUUUGUUGUAUUAUUAUUUUACUAUUUUCACUAUUUUAUUGACGUUUUGGUCGACGAUCGGUUUAUAGUGGCAUGCAAACUGUAUUUUUCUAGUGUAGGACACUAAUUUUACAAAUUUUACCACCCACCCACUUCUUAUUUAACGGUUCAUGCCUAGAUAAGUAGUGCACUAGUACCUAUAACACAAUAUAAUUUCUCUUAAAAGAUCGAAUCGGGAGUGAUGAUGGUAUCGACUUUCUGUAUAAAACAUAAUUUUUACCGUACGUCCCUUUGAUCGUUGAACUACCAUUACUACCACCCAUACCACGUGUAGCAGUUAUUGCUGAAUUUGAUUAAUGGACGCCACUGAGUAGGUUAUAUAUUAUGCAGUUAUUAGAUAGGUACCUACACAGUAUAUUUAUUAUGUAAUAUUAUUAUAUAUAAUAUGUAUAAAUCUUCUAGGGGGAUGUCGGGUCGAUGCCUUUUAAACAAUUAAUUUACAUAAUUUCUUCGCAUUAUCCUCUAGAGAUAGGCACGUCAUUUACAUUAUAUAAAUAUGGGUGUACAAUGCAUAUUAUAUAAGCAGUGUCGCCGAAAGAGAUUUAAUAAUUAUAUUAUCAUGUACAAUAACGUCACACGGAAACUUGAAUUAUAUACUCCGCUGUGUUUACAAAUACGCCGUGAUAACUUUUAUCGCUAUAUUAUAUGCGAUAAAAAUAAUAAUAAAGUACAGUCUUAAUUUCGCUCAACGUAACAAGUACAAUGCAGAUCGCCUAUAUUACGAAACCGCCAUUUAUGGUUUAAAAACAAAAAUAACUACGUGUACACGAUAUACGGAGUUAUUAUAAUGAUGUGUUGAUAACUGUUGUGCCGAUAUUAUUGUAAUUUAUUGAAGUACGCAUCCCGCGCAAUAUAAUAAUUAAAAUGUUAUUUGUACCUACGCCUGUUUUAUCGUGCGCAAAUCGUAUUGCGUAAUAUUAUUAUUCUGUAGUAUAGGUAUAUUUUCGCGUUUCUUCUUCUUCUAUACCUUUACACGGUUUGUUGACCCGUUUUCAAUAACAGAAUAUUAUUAUAUUAUAUUAUAACGCAGUAGUAACUUCAUGUUAUUUAUUUUUUUUUUUCUAACAUAUUGUUAUGAAUAUCUGUAUAUAGAUACCAAACAUGCAACGACAACGUAGUUAUACUUUUUUUUUUUUUCAUAUGAACAGCAAUUUUCAUCUCUAGAAAUGCAAAAUCAACUAGUUAUGGAACUACCUGCCAAUUAGUGGUACCUAAUGUCUAUGGGUAUUAUAUUCUAUUGAAUAAAGCGUUACGGUGCAGGUCUAUGAAGUAUCCAUGAACACUAGUGUCUAUGGUGUUUUAUAUGCUCCAUCGAAAAUAAUUUUUUUUUUAAUAAAUGGAAUACUCCGAAACAUAUUAUACUUUAAAUGGCGAUAAAAUUGUGUCGAUUAAUCAAAUAUUUUGAUCGUAAUAUGUGAAACAACGAAUUUAAUACAUUUGCUACUACGCCAAUAAUGCUACGCGAACAGAAUAUAUUUCGCACUUCAAAGAUUGCGACUCUCUAGUCUAGGAUUUUUUUAGUAUUUUAAUCUCUUAAUAAAUUAUUAAUGGUUAAAAUUAAGAGAAAUGUAUUUAAGUUUAAGUGUGUAAAACACCUAUUUACACGCUUUAUACGAAUAUUUAUUACCGAUAUUUUAUUUUAUAGAUACAUACUGUCUUUUAAAUAAAAUAAUACGCUUUAAUAUACAGAUUAAAAUAUAAAUGUUACUAUAUUAUUAUAGUAUUUUAACGUAUUAUACAAUCAUUUGUUACGAGGAAAAAAAUUUACUUUCUAUGUUUAUUUUUGUUUUUUUUUAUUAUUAUUAUUAUUUCACAACUUAAAUGUAUAAUAAACAAUAAUUAAUGAUGACCGCUACUUUAAAGUUAAUACUAUUGAUAGUUUUCGAUAACUACUUUGAUGAACUAUUGAAUGUUUCAUUCGAAUUUUUUUACCAUGACCGAAAACUAUCUACUAUUUCUGAAAACUAUUCGAACAUAAACUAUAGGUACCUACUUUAAUAGUUUUUUCCGUACAUAACCAAAUAGUCCGUAUGCAAUCACCUAACGAAUAUUUUAAAAGUUAUGCCCAUCAUUGUUAGUAAUAUAAUAGCUGUUUAUAAAUAAAGGUCUCUGAAUCACAAAUUUUGUUUCUAGUUUACACGAUACUAUGAUGACAAAUAUUAUAUUCAUAUACAUUCAAAAUACGGUCAUUAAAUCAAAGGAUAUAAAAUGAUUACUGUUUUUAUUGUAUUUUAUUAAUUUUAUACUUAUACAACUUUAACCUAUAGGUAUAUAAAACUUAUAGACGAGUAUAUAUACCUCAUAUGUUCUCAUUCCUAUCCUAUCUUCUCUCGUCACUCCACUCGUGCACCUAAGUAUUCUUAUUUCUGUAGCUGCCUUCAUUCUCUGUUCUAUUUUUCUGUAUACAACCCACACUCCAAAUCAUACAGUAUAUUCAGUCUCGCCAUACUUUUUUACAAAAGAUUUCAGGUAAUUAAAACUCUCAACCUUGUAUUUUACGCCACUGCUUAUUAUCAUUAACUGUUUUUAUCCUUUUCUUCCAUACUUAUACACUGUUUUACUUCUACUUGUACCAUUAUUUCCUUCCCGUAAAGUGCUACUCUCUAUUCCUCUAGCCAGGCCCGACGAUAGGGGGGAGCAGCUUGGGCUAUAGCCUUAGGACCUGGGUCUCAAAGUGAUCCCUAGCCCAACCAAAGCAAUUAGAUCCUAUAAUUAUAACCUUAACCUUAAACUUUCUUUUUGAACACAUUUUAAAGGAAGACGCAUGUUGUUAAGUUUAACAUUUGAUAUUGAGAGGGAUUAGUUUUAUCCUGGGGCCCUUGGUUUCUCUCUACGAUUCUGCCUCAAGCCUAUCGAUAACUUAUUCGAGAUUUUCUCCUAUCAAAGCUAAAAUAUAAUCUGUACACAACAUGCACCAUAAUACCUUCUUUCACCUGUUCUCCCCGUGCAUACCCAAGAUAGAACAUUUGACCAAAGUCUUGUUUAGAACUCCUCAUACUUUUUGACAGCAUUUUACAUCGACCGUCGAUCUGACGCAAUCCUAUUUGUCACUUCACACGACAGGUACCUUGUGAGUAUUCUGAUCCUCGUCUAUAGGACGAAUGGUAUUGUUGUCAACUAUAAAAUUAAUUCCUCCACCCUACAGAAACAAUACCUUAUGCGUACUGAAAUCACCCACCUGAGCUUUCUACCAGUAGGAGCUCGGGACCCAGGGUUCGCUAAACUCGUAAAAUCAUAUGCCUCCCUGAGGUUAACAUUUUUUGUUUAGUAGAAUAUAUAAAAACGAAAUCCACGUGUACUCGUAAAGAUAUAGAAUAAUAUAAUAAUUAUUAUAGGUAGAUAAAGUUUUAUUUUACGUAUUUUCUUUUUCUUUUUUUUUAAUAGUUUAACUUUAUAGACUUUCUUGAAACUUUUUAUAGAAUAUAAUAUUGUUGUCGUUUUAUUUGUUAAUCUGCUUGCACCCGAAUGUGUUUUUAUUAUUAUUAAUAAUAUGCCAAUGGUUAAUUAUACAUUAUUAAUACCUCUUCGUUUGAGGUUAUCGACAUACUUGUAAACAAUAGAACUCGUAUUUUUAACAUACAAUAACAUAUAUGAUAAUAUAACGGUUAAUCAAACAUACUGGGUAUUAAUAAUAUUCGUACAUGAAUACAAUUUAUAUCUAUGUUAUAAUAUAGUAUAUCGACCUUGUACGUGCGAUUUUUGCAUUUAAUGUCAAUUUAUAUUACAUCAAUACACUUAGGUAUUACAUAUAGGUGUACAUCAACAUUUUUAUUUCAAUAUUCAUUUUAGUAUCCAUUUAUAGGCAGAGACAGAUUAGCCUGUCGAGAAUUAAAGAGGGGUACAGUAAAACCUCCUUAUAACGGAAUCGCUCGGUGCCUACUGAUUUUCUGUUAUAUAAUAGAGUUUUCGUUAUAGAGAUACUAAAUUAUACGGGUUAUAGAUUAUGCAGAACUGUUCUUUUCUGUUUUAAGGAUAUUUCCGUUUUAUAAGGAGCCCGUUGUAAGGAGGUUUUACUGUAUAUCAUAUAAGUAGAAGUAAUUGUUUGUUUUAAAAAGCUAUACAUUUACUUACGUUACACAGGCCCUUAUCAAUUUUUUAAACAACUUUUUGACCAGAAAACUUACUCCAAUCGAAAAAUGACAAGUGACCUUUUUUGUUACAUUUUUGAUCUAGUUGGUGAUUAAGAAAAUAUUUGUUUGAUUUACCUUGUAGUUUCCCUAAUAAUUAAGCAAAACCAGGGAAAACGUAGAAAGGACGGAAAUGUUUAAGGAAAUAAUGGUAUCAUUAUUUUCAAUUUUAUUUUUUUGUUGUAAUUCAGUUAAACAUAUUCGUAGAGACAUGAAAUUAUGACAGAAAACUUAUAUUGGCCUUUUAUAGACGUGCUCAAAUUAACUUGAAAUUCUAGAAAUAUACUAGAUAUUCUAGAAAUCCUUGAACAUAUAAUACGAGGCUUACUAUAAGUCGAACUUAAUGGCAAAAAAAGAAAGUUAAGCGUAAUGUAGUAGUUUUUUUUUCAUAUACCUACGUUUAAAAUAUCGGAGGCCUUAUUGUAAUAAUAUUUUAAAUAGGUCAAUAAUGUAAUGUAAUAAUCACCUAAAUAAUAUUUUAUAAUUAAAUAAACCAACAUUUUGUGUUAAACAUUUAACAAAUUUAACCAAUACAUAUAUUUAGUUAGAUAUAAUUGAUAGUAAAUAUUUUCAAUUAUAAUUGUAUACGUUUUUGUUCGUGUAAAACAAUAUAAUACCAAUAUAAUAGGCCGAUAAAAGGAAUAAAAUAAUUGAUAUGUAGAACAAAACAAAACGUUAACGAAAUUUGUUUUCAUUUAAAGUCGUUUUUUUUUUUUUUUAAUGUACUACGAUUUUAAUUAUUUAAAUAAUAAUAAUACGAGCUAGUUAAAUUAUUUGACGGUCUGUUAUACUGUAAUAUACGAGAAGGUGUACUUGUAUAAUAUGAAACUAAUAUUGCGUUACCUAUUAAAAUACACGUGCUGAUUGAUAAACAAAAAAUACCAGAUACAAGGACGACGUUUUACUAUAAUAUAUUUACCUAAUUAAAUAUGUAUAAAAAAUACAAAUAAAUACAUGUAUACAUAUAUAAUAUCAAACAAUUUUACUCAUCUUAAUCAGUUUUAUAAUUUUCGGUUAAUUUUUUUUUUAUCAUUUUUUUCUAAUUGUGGAUACCUGUAGCGUACGUGUAUAAAAUAACGUCUAAUGUACUCAUAUUAUAUAUAAUAGGUAACAAAUAAAUAGAAGAGCUGAUACUCCUAACGGGUGUGCCACUAUUGUAGAUGGAAAUUUGAGAAGGUAGGAAGCAUAAAGCUAGGUAUUUUAUUUAUAUUUGUCGACGGUAAACCAUUGCUGACGAAAUAAGAUUUUGAGCGAAGUUCAGCUAACGUGUUUUGAAAUGCCGUAUUUUUUUAUAUUUUCGUCAAAAUUUAAAUUUCAAAUGGCAAUAAAAAAAAGAAAGAAAUAAAAUUCGAAUUUUUUGUCUAUCAAAUAUAACUGAUGAUGAAUCCCAAAUUAAAUUUUCAAAAUUGUUGGCUUGAAGAAAAAAAAAAUUGCCCAAAAAAUUAUAUUUACAUAAAUCCAAAAAUAAUUUUCGAAAUAUCACCUUAUUAUUAUUAAACUCUAAAUAAACCUUAAGUAAAAUUGUCAUACAUAUUUGUUUAUUCAAAAAGUAUUAUAUUCACAUAAACCAAAUAAAAACUGAAAAUAUUCAAAAAUUACAAAGGCCUAUAAAUAAAUAAAAAGAUCACCAGAAUUCAUUAUUAGUAUUUCAUCAGACUUUUCAUCCUUUAUAAUUGCAACAAAGUAACACAAAAUCGAAAAUAAUGAAUCCAUUAUUGCUGUACAUUUUCCCGUUAUUUUUUUAAAUUUUAUUCAAUUAUUAAGAAAACAUCACAUAAAAUCAAAAAAUGAUCAUCUUAUGCACCAAAUAUGGACACAAUUUUCUUUAAGAAAAUACACUACUCUUACAGUUCGGAACAAGAUAUCUUGGUAGAAAAAUAAUGAAACUUUUAUUUUCUAUAUUUUAAAUGACCUCCUCAUACGCUAACUGUAUCUAAAAAUAGCACAAAAAAAUUAUCUUUUAUUUUUCAAUUGUAACAAGAUGUUUGGUUAAAAAACGUUUAACAGAUCGUAGGUAUAGUAAAACCAAUGCAUUUUUCACUGCGCUCAAAAUCUAAAAACAACAAAAUGUUUUGUUUUAAAAAGAUUUAACGCUAUCGUUUUGAAUAUUAUAUUAAAUAUUAUAAUAUUAUAUUCGCAUUGUAUAACUUACUUGAAAGUUAAAAUGAAACAUUUUCCGAGUGACCAAUUUGAUACAAAAUUUAUGAAAAAAAUGAAUACCACCUAUUAUAUACCUAGUUUUAAUACGUGUAACUAGAAAAAGAUAUAUUUUAAUAAUAUUUAUGAAAUUAUGUAUUUUUAUCGGGAUUUUAAUAGUACAGAAACGUAUAAACAUAAAUUGAUGGCAUGGUUUCGGAUAUUAGUAUUUAUUUACUGUAACGAACUUUAUAAGUUUAUAACGAUUGCAUUUCUAACAGUUCCAUACAUGCAUAUAAAGAAAAAUAUUUUGUAUCUUCUCUAUGUAAACAUCCCACAUGACCCUUUAAAAUUGUGUAUUCGACCAUCAUAUUUAUUAUUAUUGUCAUCAUUAUAAAUGUACCCAGCAAAUAUAUAUUUGACGAUGGACGGUGACAAAAAUGUUCCACAAUGUAUAAAAUAAUGUAUAAUAAUAAAAUAAAGGCUGAUACUUCUAUAGGUGUGCAUAUCAGCGCAUGUUUACAUAAUUUAUACCUGUAUACAGAAUACAUUAAUUUAUAUUUGUACGCUACGAUAAACUAUUACUAACGAAAAACUAUUCUGAACAGAGUAUUAUUAUUCGUUUUCUCUCUUUUUGCCAAGUUAAUCCGAAAAUCAACAAAAAUGUUAACGAAAACUGCCAAUUUUUCCGAUCUAUUAUAAAGAUAACUACAAAGAAAAUUAAAUAAUGACCUGUUCAGUGAUCAACUAAAUUAAAAAUUCUACAAUGUAAAACCAAUACAUUUACUCAGAAUCUUAAAAAAACGAUAUUUCUGUAUAAUAUUAUAACAUGGUGUUUUUUAGUUUUUUAAAUAUUCACUAUAUAUAUAAUACCCUAAAAUUAUAUUUUAUUCGUAUAUACACACUCGUAUUAAAAAUAAGGUUAUUUAAAUUUAUCCCAAAUGUAGGCCUCGUGGGUUACCUGUUUUAUGACUGUUGGCAGAAUAGCAAAAUUUAAAAAUAUUCACUACAUACGUCUAUCUGUAUGUAUAUUUUAAUAUCUAUACAUAAACUAGAAUAUUAUUUUCAUUUCACCAAACGGGUCAAGUCACAUCAAUAAUUUGUAUUAUAUACUUUACACAAUUUCACUUAUUGUACUGUAAUUCAAAAUAUAACUCAUUCAAAAUGCUCGUACUCAUAAUAUUAUUAUUUAUGGUUCCAUUGGGGAAUAGGGAAAAACAUGGGAAAACCGAGCAAAAGAGAAAAGAAGUACAAUAUUAAACAAAUAUUAUCAAAGAAAAUGUUAAGUGUAUAAUAUAUAAUAAUUAAUUUACCAUAAUAUCACACAUAUAUUGUUGACAAGCAACACUAUCAAUCGAACAACGCUCAGAAUCGUUUUUUCGUAAUAGCAAUGGUUUAAAUAGUUGCGUACAGAUAUACAAUAAAUUCCUGUCUAUAUCCUACUUUCCCAACUUCCCACCUACAUCAGUAGCUGCACCCGUUUCCAUUAUCCUAGGACAGCUUUUUUUUCUUAGUACGUAUAAACUAUAAAUCCAAAAUAAUACAGUUGGCCUUCAGUUAUGUCUUUUUAAUUUAAAUAAUCAUUCAUAAUUUAAUAAUUAAAUUACAGUGUUUAGUUUAUGCGUAUACGUAUAAAUAAGCUUAAUCGAAAACCAGGAGCUUAAAUGAAAAAUUUGCAUAUACAAAUUACAAUAUUAUCUAUGAUAAUUAAAACGGGUGUUAAACUGUCAAUUUAAAACAAUCUAAUGCUAAAGAACCGCAGACAUUUUUCUGGGGGAGGGGAAUUUAAUUGUUUGAUCAAAUAGAAAUUCAUGAAAAUGAAGGUUCAUUAUAAGCUGAAGUUAUAAGUAAUCAAAAAAAAUAAAAGUAGAUAUUUUUGUGGUAAUUUUUUUUUAUAAUGGUUUUAAGAUGGAGAUCGUAUGUUUAACGAUAUUAUCAUUUAUAAAUAAACUUUGCUCAGAAUCGUUUAUCAUUAGCAGUUUUUUGUCGUUAAUCACAGAUAUAAAUAAAAUAAUUAUAUGUAUCCUGCUUUCCCAACUUUCCUAAAAAACAGUGGCGCACCCAUCAACAGUGUUAGCUAUUUUUUGUUUAUACCGAAAAAAAACGUAUAAUAUAAUUUGUUUGUAACAUUAUUUAAAAUGACAAUUUUUCAAAUUCUUAUUUACAAAAUAUACCAUAAUAUUGUAUUUUUUUGAGGUCUUGUUUAUAAUUCAUUUAAGUUUAUAAUUAUAUUGGUAUCAUUUAUAAAUUAUACAUUCUGUAUUAUGUUAAAUAUUACUAAAUAAGGUUUACUUUUCAUGUUUUUUGGUUGUUACAUGUUAAAUAAAUUCCAUGUUAAAAAAAAAAAAGAAUAAUGAUACCCAGUCAAAUUCUUAUAUUAAAUUGUUUACAAACUGAACAAACACGAUAAAAUUAUUUUACAAUAUAAUAACAAGAUAUCAUAAUACGAAAUAACAAAAUAUUUUAAAUAACUGUUUUACACGAACUGUGUGAUAGAUAUUUAUGAUUUAAAAAAAAAAAUGUAUUAUUUUUUGAGCGGUACACAUUUUUUAAAUCCGUAUACAAAAGUUUAUACCUAUUGUCUUUUUAUACACUUCAAUCCGAUGAUGAUCAGAAACUGCAGCUAGCGAUUUUAUUAAUUCUUAACAGAAAAAUAUUUACUUUACAUAACAUCAAUACUAUAAAACGUAAAACUCUUAAAUGUAAACUCUGCAGACUAUACGGACUAAGUAAAUUAUACCAGCGUAUUUACGACUUUCCGAAUAUUCACUCUCCGGAAAAGUUCAAUCUUAAACCAUUGAACAAAAAUGUAAUGAAAUUAUUUAGUUGCAUAUUUUUGUUGUUAUUUUUUUAAUUAACAAUUUUACAAGAAAACAAAUAUCUUCCAUACUACUUGUAUAUUAUUGCGUGUAUUGUAAAUUUUUAAAAUCUAUGGUACCUGUAAAAUAACUAAUAAUAUAUUGAUUUUAAUUUCAGGCGUUCGAACCAACCACCUGCAUUGCAACCCCAAUCAAAAGGAUCGCCAUACAGUGUACAAAAAUAGUAAACGAAAUACCUCAUACAUGUCAGCUGAGUUAAAGGUAAAUUACCAAUGUCGACACAUGCUAUUUAAAAUAAUACAAUUGAUAUUGUUCUACUCGAAUUAUUGACACCAGGAAAAGAAUCUGUAUAGUUUUUGGGUAGUACUCAUCCAUUAAUAAGCCUCAUAUUAUUGUAAUGUACCUAUCUAUAUAAUAUACUAGCUGUCCCGCUAAGCGUUGCCCGUGCCAAAAGAAAUAAUAGACAAAUUAUCAUUAAAUGUUUAUUACCAUAGACACCCGCACAGUUCGGGGAUUUAAUUACGAUAAUUAAUAAUAGUUUUUUUUUUCCUACGUGUUACCAAGAUAACCCAUAUAAUCAACAAAAAUAAUUCGAUUUUUGUAUUAAAAAUAGUUAAAACUUAAUCGGAUGGUAUACAAUAGAACGUGGAUUUCAAUAGCUAUAAACAUUUCCAGACAACUGGAACUUUUUGCAAAGAACCGCGUAAAAUUCGCUACAGCAGUUUUCGAGUAGAUUAAUCUUAUACUUCCAUUUUUAUGUAUACAGAUAUAAUUACAUGCUUAUAACAUCACGGAUACACGUGUUCGUAUUACACAAUUUCGCGUACAGAGUUAAUAUAGUCAAUAUAGGAGUAAAUUAACACGAAUAUACAAUACAUGCGCAUACAGUAUAAACUAUAAAGUUAAUAAUUGUUACAUAACCUAACUGGGGAGGACGGCGGGAAUUUAAUGUGGAAGAACGCUAAAUUUUAUUUUGAAAUGUCAUCUAGAGAAAAUACCUUAAAAUAUCCUCUGCAGUAUUAUUAGUAUAUAAAAUAAAGUUAUAAUGAGAUCUCAGAUCUACCAUAAUAUUAUUUACCCUUAGACAUGUGUCUAAAAUUUUGAUUGAUAUUUAUUAAAUUAUCAAACAUAAUCAAAAGUAAGAAUUUGGUAUAUUCUAUUGUUAUCUAAAAUGUUUCAUAAUAAAAGCAAUAUAGAUAGAAUUUUAAAUAUUUUAAAAAAUUGUAUAUUUUAUUAAAUACAUAUAUUGAUAAUUUACUCUUCUUCUAUCUCCCCUUUUUAAUUGUCUUUAUUUCAUUGUUAAAAUAAUAAGAACCUACAAUUAUAUGCAAUGAAGUGGCGUGGGAAAAACAUUUUUAAGCGCGAAACAUAAAACUCCUUAUUCACAAAAUUGAAUGACAAGUACUAUUCAGUAUACCUAUAAUGUUCUGGACGGGGGAAAGCAAAUGCACUGUUCCUACUUUAGCAAUACCACUGAUAUACAUUAGUAAAAGUAAUGAAAAAAAAAGAUUGUAGAUAUUAAUACCUAUUGUGCUUAUUGUCUUAAUACGAUGAUUAGUAGGUUGGUAGGUAGAGGCAGCUAUACUUUAUUUAUAUAAUAAAUUGGUAUGUAUACCAUUUUAUUAUUCAUAUUAUUUCACGCGUAUUAUAAUAGGUACUGGCUAUAACAAUACUUGUCUUCGUUUUGUCAGCAAAAUAUUUAUUUAGGUACCUAACCAUAAUUAUUUAUUUAUUUAAUAAUCAAAUUAUUUUGAUACAAAAUAUUCUUUUAAAGAAUGUCUUCUCUUGUAUGUAUAAAACUGAGUAUAUUAUUAAGAACAAGCAUAAUAUUUUAUACGUUUAGGUAUUUUGAGUCAAAAACACGGAGAAGUUAUUUUAUGUUUACCACAUUCUUUAUAUAAUACAUUUUCAUCGUCAUCUCCUUAUUUAAUAUCCUUGAUUUAUGCAUAUAAUAUAUGUAGGUCACUGCAGUUACCCAUAAACGCUAAAUCUCACUUAGGCGAAUUCUUUGAAUUUCCGAAAAGUUAAUAAAACGUUCAAUGUUCAAUCUCGUAAAACUAAAACGAACGUGGUAUUUUGCAUGUAUAUAGUUUUAGUUGUUUUUUUUUUAACCUGUUGUAUACCUAAUAUUACACUUUACUCAGGUUAUGAAGAAUAAACAAAGCUAUUCGGUCAUUUUGCGAAAUUUAAUUAAAUAGUUAAUUAUUUUAUUAUACGUUCUAACCGUUUAGAAAAAUGGUGGCUGAUAUGGUUUUUAAAUUCUAAGUGAAGCGAGGGAUCUAUUGAUUUUAUUAUAAUGUGUAUUUUUUCAUUUUUUUGGUUUUUUAAACAACUUUUCUCCUAGAAAUCUUGUUCCAAUCAAAACAUGACUGAAAGUUUUUAUUGCAGUUUGAUUUUAGUUAGGACUUUGGAAAUGUAAUUUUUUUAUAUUCUCAUUCAUAUUCGAGAUAAUGAGAAACACUGAUUUUUUGGGUUAAAAAAGAAUAAAAGAUUAAAAAGGGCUGUUAUAAUGAGAACGGGUGCGGCUACUAUUGUGCGUACCUAGAUAGUUAGAAAAGUGAGAUACAUAAAGUUAUUUAAUUUAUAACUGUAAUUAACGAUAAAUCAUUACUUACGAAAAACGAUUCGGAGCGAAGUUUGAUUAUGCAUGUUUUGAAAGGCCGUGAUAUUUACGAUUUUUGUCAAAUUGUUACUUUAAAACUUAUUAAAAUAAAAAUAAAAACAAUAUUAUCCACAGAGUACCUACCAAAUGAGAAUUACGUACAAAUCUCGUAAAAUUAAAAUGUCUAUCAAUAACUUAAAAAUGUUUCAAAUUUUAUCACAUCUAGAAAAAACAAAUAUAAGUUUUCUGUCAAAAUUUCAAGUCUACGGUUAUUUUUUACUGAAUUACAUUAUAAAAACAAAAUUUUAAUUAAUAAAAGAAUUAUUUUCGUAAAUGUUCACGUUUUAUCUGCGUAUUUUUUUCGGUUUUGCUAAAUUAUUAAAAAAAAACUAAGUACAAAGAGAAUCAAAAAACUACUCUCUUGGUCGCCAACAAGAUUAAAAAAUAAAAAAAAUAUGCCUUGUUAUUAUUCUAUUCGAACAAGAAUUCUAGUAGAAAACGGACCAACUAGAUAAAAUUUAUUUUCAGAAAAAGUACUGUACUCUGUACAUCGGAGUAAGAUUUCUUUUCGAAAAGUUAUUCACAUACAUGAAAUAUUCACACAUAUAAUUAUCAUAUUAUCGUGUUUUAUUCCGCACAUUCUGCCUUUCUAGUACUAUUAGCUAAUAGCUAGUGAUUUUUUUUUUGUACUAUGCAUAAAACUCCAUCUCGAUUUAAGGCACCUAUCCCCAACGAUGUAUUGUGUAUAGAUACCCGUGCAACGCUUGUCUUUUUAUCCUGGUCACAUUUUAAAUUUUGAGCAGAACGAGGAAUGAAUCUAUUGGUUUUACGAAAAUGUUUUUUUUUUUUUUUUUUUUUAACUGUGAAUAACUUUUCUACUAGGAAUUUUGCUCAUAUUUACAAUAAUAGCACUUUUUCUGAAAGUUAAUCAGAUUGAAGAGGUAUUUUUUGAUUUUUUCAGCCGUGGAAAAAACGGGAAAAUGGGUUCAAUAUAUAGUAAACAAAUACUAUUAAAGAAAAUAUACAAUGCUCAAUGUGACAAUGUGUAUGGAAUUAUUUUACCAUAAUAUGACAUAUAUAUUGUUGACAAAGCAACACUAUUAACCGAAUUCCACUCAAAAUCGUUUUUUUUUUUUUUUUUUACCAAUGGUUAAUCGUUGCGUAUAGAUACGUUAAAUUUCCCCUCUACCUUCCCAAAUUCUCACCUACAACAGUGGCCACCCACGUGGAAAGAAUAACUGUCUUUUUAUUAUACAAUUUCAAUGUCAGUGUUCGCUAAAUUUCCGGAAUUGCUAUUCCACUUAACAGUACCUAGGUGUAUUAUAUUUAAUAAACCAGUAAUAUUAUUAUGUAUUAAUUAAAAAAUAUUAUUUGUAUAUAUAUAUAAUUUACACGUUGUGUCCGCAUUUAAAAUAUUAAACGCAUAAUUUUAGUUUUACAAAUAGCCACCAUAAUACUACAGGUAGAAUAAUUUACAACAAUAACAUAAUACACAGUACGAUUGUUGGGCCUUUUGAUUAAACUAAAUAAUAUAUUAUACCUAAAUGUAUUGAUAUUUCUAUCUUGGAUUUAACCAACUUAAUUAAAACUAUCCCAACCUCCUAUUUUUCUUUUUUUGUAGUCCGACGUGAAAAGGUUGCUGGUCAACUCAUCGGACGACGAGGAGACAGUGUCCGAAGAGCAUUUGGACUUUAUGCGCAAAAGAAGAGCCUUGCUACUAGUCACCAUCCAAACAAUGACACUGUUCCACGAAAAUCAAAUUUUGGAGCGCAAGCUGUCGGCGUUACACAAAAUGGUGAAGAUACAGAUCCAGAAGGAGAAUAAAAAAAACAACAAAUCCACCUCGGAAUAA